AUGGCAGAUUCCAACUCUAAUAGCAUAGUAGCUGAGGGAUACAGACAAGCCGCGAUUUCCGUGCAAAAGUUGGACAAUGAAACUUUUAUUCAAACAAAUGUCUGCCCCAAAGACGGAGACAUCAUCUUGGAUUUAGGCUGCGGCACAGGAGAACUGUCUUCAUACCUCGCUGAGUUGGUAGGACCCGGAGGAAAGGUCAUUGGUGUCGAUCCUGAUAACGAAAGAAUUCAGCUGGCCAAAGAGACUCACAAGCAAGUCAAGAAUCUCUCGUUUCUUGAGGGAAGUUCUUUAACCUUUCCACGGAUUGGCUUGGAGCCCUGCGAUAUUAUUUUCAGUAAUUAUGCCCUUCAUUUUAUGAAAAAGAAGCAGCAAGUCUUUAACAACUUGUUCACAUGUCUAAAACCUGGAGGGAAAAUAGCCUUUCAAUGCAUCUCCCAACUGCCCCCGUUUGAGCGAAACGCGUAUGUGCUGCUGAAUCCAGAGAAUGCCGAUCGUAUUUUGGGUAUGUAUCAUUGUGAGGGGAAGACAAAGAUCGAGCAGUAUUGCUUAUCGGCAGGAUUUGAAAUAACCCGGAGUGUUCAGACUGAAUGCGUAGAACUGGUAUUUGAAUACGUUGAGGAGCUUCUCAAAUGGCAUUGGUCGACUACACAUGGUGUAUUUGAUCCUUCCCUUGUUACUGAAGAGCGACUACAAAAGUAUCUAGCUCCUUACACUGAUGAAAACGGAAAGCCCUGUCUUGACUUUCGAGGAAUGAAACAUGAAAUGCCUGUUUGCCAACUCCUAGCCAUCAAGAAGGCAUCGGAGCGCGCUUGA